GAGCUUAUCGAUCCGGCAAAACUCUGCGGAGAGAAAGAAGAACCGUGAGAAGACCUCCACCGAGCGCCCCCGCCCAGGAGGAGACCUCCACCGAGCGUCCCCGCCCAGGAGGAGACCUCCACCGAGCGUCCCCGCCCAGGAGGAGACCUCCACCGAGCGUCCCCGCCCAGGAGGAGACCUCCACCGAGCGUCCCCGCCCAGGAGGAGACCUCCACCGAGCGUCCCCGCCCAGGAGGAGACCUCCACCGAGCGUCCCCGCCCAGGAGGAGACCUCCACCGAGCGUCCCCGCCCAGGAGGAGACCUCCACCGAGCGUCCCCGCCCAGGAGGAGACCUCCACCGAGCGUCCCCGCCCAGGAGGAGACCUCCACCGAGCGUCCCCGCCCAGGAGGAGACCUCCACCGAGCGUCCCCGCCCAGGAGGAGACCUCCACCGAGCGUCCCCGCCCAGGAGGAGACCUCCACCGAGCGUCCCCGCCCAGGAGGAGACCUCCACCGAGCGUCCCCGCCCAGGAGGAGACCUCCACCGAGCGUCCCCGCCCAGGAGGAGACCUCCACCGAGCGUCCCCGCCCAGGAGGAGACCUCCACCGAGCGUCCCCGCCCAGGAGGAGACCUCCACCGAGCGUCCCCGCCCAGGAGGAGACCUCCACCGAGCGUCCCCGCCCAGGAGGAGACCUCCACCGAGCGUCCCCGCCCAGGAGGAGACCUCCACCGAGCGUCCCCGCCCAGGAGGAGACCUCCACCGAGCGUCCCCGCCCAGGAGGAGACCUCCACCGAGCGUCCCCGCCCAGGAGGAGACCUCCACCGAGCGUCCCCGCCCAGGAGGAGACCUCCACCGAGCGUCCCCGCCCAGGAGGAGACCUCCACCGAGCGUCCCCGCCCAGGAGGAGACCUCCACCGAGCGUCCCCGCCCAGGAGGAGACCUCCACCGAGCGUCCCCGCCCAGGAGGAGACCUCCACCGAGCGUCCCCGCCCAGGAGGAGACCUCCACCGAGCGUCCCCGCCCAGGAGGAGACCUCCACCGAGCGUCCCCGCCCAGGAGGAGACCUCCACCGAGCGUCCCCGCCCAGGAGGAGACCUCCACCGAGCGUCCCCGCCCAGGAGGAGACCUCCACCGAGCGUCCCCGCCCAGGAGGAGACCUCCACCGAGCGUCCCCGCCCAGGAGGAGACCUCCACCGAGCGUCCCCGCCCAGGAGGAGACCUCCACCGAGCGUCCCCGCCCAGGAGGAGACCUCCACCGAGCGUCCCCGCCCAGGAGGAGACCUCCACCGAGCGUCCCCGCCCAGGAGGAGACCUCCACCGAGCGUCCCCGCCCAGGAGGAGACCUCCACCGAGCGUCCCCGCCCAGGAGGAGACCUCCACCGAGCGUCCCCGCCCAGGAGGAGACCUCCACCGAGCGUCCCCGCCCAGGAGGAGACCUCCACCGAGCGUCCCCGCCCAGGAGGAGACCUCCACCGAGCGUCCCCGCCCAGGAGGAGACCUCCACCGAGCGUCCCCGCCCAGGAGACCCAGGGGGAGACCUCCACCGAGCGCCCCCGCCCAGGGGGAGACCUCCACCGAGCGCCCCCGCCCAUCCAGUGAGAUGUGGGAAUUGAGGGGAUCGGUCGGUCGGAGUUGCAGCUUUUGUUGCCACAUGUGGACGGCGGCAGGAAAUGGAGGGGGAAGUGAUGACGGAUGUAAUCAGCUCACAAUCACCAUGGAAGACAUCAAACAAGCCGGGUCACCAGAAAGUCACUUGGAGUUUGUCAUUGAUGGUCUUGUUACUGCCCCUCACCCACCAGGCUGGACAUCUGAGAUGGAUCACUAG